AAGUUGUAGUAAUUUAGUUUUUUUGGUGGUAACAUAAAUUGCAGCCGUUCAACUAAAACCCUAAACCCUCUCUUCGUGCAGAAAUGGGGAAGAAGAAGAAGAGAGCCGAACGAGAAGCAGAAUCGGAACUCCUGAAUACAGAGACCAUCAAUGAGCAAAAUGAUCUCCAUAUUGCGAAUGGGGAUUCUAAGAAGAUAAAGAAGAAGAAAACCAAAGAGGUGAAGGAAGAAAGUGUGUUAAAGGAAAAACCCACAGUUUCCGUAGCACUCGCCGGAUCUAUCAUUGACAACACUCAGUCACUCGAACUCGCAACACGGUUGGCUGGCCAGAUUGCUCGUGCUUCCACCAUUUUUCGGAUAGAUGAGGUUGUUGUAUUUGACAACAUAGGUAGUUCAGUGGACUGUUCAGAUCCGACGAUGGAGGAUGGGUCACAUGAUGAUGAAAGUGGUGCUGCAUUUCUUUUCAGGAUUUUGAAGUAUAUGGAGACACCUCAAUACCUUCGGAAGAGUCUUUUCCCCAUGCACAACAACUUAAGAUAUGUGGGUUCGUUGCCACCACUUGAUGCUCCACAUCAUUUGCGGAAGCAUGAAUGGGCUCCCUAUCGAGAAGGUGUCACACUAAAGGAUCGAAAUUUAACAUCUGGGGGAACACUUGUUGACGUUGGGCUUAGUAAGCCUGUUGCAGUUGAUCAAGUCAUUGCCCCAGGAAUAAGGGUGACAGUAUCCAUGGGAGCAGAGAGAAAUUUGGAUGCAGGCAUACCACAUCAGGUUGUCUCUUCUUCAACACCUAUGGAGGAUGCAGGGAUGUAUUGGGGAUAUAAAGUACGAUAUGCUCCAAAUAUCAGUUCUGUAUUCAAGAAUUGCCCAUACAAGGGAGGGUAUGAUCACUUGAUUGGUACCUCCGAGCAUGGUCUUGUAAUGAAGUCCUCAGAUUUGACUCUCCCAUCAUUCAGGCACCUGCUAAUUGCUUUUGGUGGACUGGCGGGGUUGGAGGAGUGUAUAGAAGAAGACAAUAACUUAAAGGGGAAAAGUGCGAAGGAGGUAUUUGAUUUAUAUUUGAAUACAUGUCCACAUCAAGGAAGCAGGACAAUUCGAACAGAGGAAGCCAUCUUGAUUUCUCUGCAAUACUUACAAGAGCCAGUCAACAGUGUUCUGCAGAAGAUUUAGUACCUUGGACGUUACCAAUCACCUCAAGAACCCUGGAUACAUGAUAAGUCUUCUAUAUGGCCUGUUCAAUGCUCAGAUAUUUCAAAGCGAGGAAAUCACGAGUUGUUGCAGUUGGUGGUGGCUCCUCCUGGUUUUUAGGGAACUUGAGGUGCUUGCACUAUGAGCUGAAUUGACCAGACUCUAUGUACUCUUCUGCCGGUGCUGCUGAAUCAAAAUUCUUCCCUCCAAAUUUCCAACUUUUUGCGAACAUCAAGUUGGACAGCCUUCAAGUUUUGUUACUUGUCCUGACCAUAGUUCACAUUUAUCUGAUAGUUUCUUCUUCUGUUUACCUUUUCUGUACUCCAUUUUUGACAUAAAAGUAACAAAUGGUAGGUG